AUGUCGCUCCUACGGCGGCGGAAGCAGCAGCAGCCGCCGCCGCCGCCCUCGGACGGCGACGGGUCCGACCACGACGACAACGACAAGGGGAAGAAGCCGUCCUCGUCCUCGUCCUCCGCACCGCCGUCCAAGGAGCCCACGAGGCGGACCAAGGCCAAGUGGUCGUGCGUGGACAGCUGCUGCUGGCUGGUCGGGUGCGUGUGCUCCGCCUGGUGGCUGCUGCUCUUUCUCUACAACGCGAUGCCGGCCUCGUUCCCGCAGUAUGUCACGGAGGCCAUCACGGGGCCGCUCCCGGACCCGCCCGGGGUCAAGCUGCAGAAGGAGGGGCUGCGAGUCAAGCACCCCGUCGUCUUCGUCCCCGGCAUCGUCACCGGAGGGCUCGAGCUAUGGGAGGGGCACCAGUGCGCCGAGGGGCUCUUCCGCAAGCGGCUAUGGGGCGGCACAUUUGGUGACGUAUACAAGAGACCUCUAUGCUGGGUUGAACAUAUGUCGUUGGACAAUGAAACUGGAUUAGACAAACCUGGAAUAAGGGUCAGGCCGGUCACAGGCCUUGUUGCAGCAGACUAUUUCGUCCCUGGAUAUUUUGUUUGGGCUGUCUUAAUUGCCAAUUUAGCUCGUAUUGGAUAUGAAGAAAAGACGAUGUACAUGGCUGCAUAUGAUUGGAGGUUAUCUUUCCAGAACACUGAGGUUCGUGAUCAAACUUUGAGCAGAAUAAAGAGCAACAUUGAACUUAUGGUAGCAACAAAUGGUGGAAAUAGGGUGGUGGUGAUCCCACACUCCAUGGGAGUCCUCUAUUUUCUGCAUUUUAUGAAAUGGGUCGAAGCACCUCCUCCCAUGGGCGGCGGCGGUGGUCCAAACUGGUGUGAGAAGCAUAUUAAAGCUGUAAUGAAUAUUGGAGGACCUUUCUUAGGAGUUCCCAAGGCUGUUGCUGGGCUUUUCUCAUCUGAAGCCAAAGAUGUUGCUGUUGCUAGAGCUAUCGCUCCUGAUGUCCUGGACUCCGAUUUUCUUGGGCUUCAAACUUUGCGCCAUUUGAUGCGUAUGACCCGAACAUGGGAUUCGACAAUGUCAAUGAUUCCUAAAGGUGGUGAUACAAUUUGGGGAAAUCUGGAUUGGUCUCCAGAGGAUGGCCUUGAAUGUAAAGCUAAGAAGCACAAAACCAAUGAUACCAAUGAUUCUAAGGAUACCAAUGGGGAAAAUAUCGAAGUUCAACCUGAACCUAUUAACUAUGGAAGGUUGGUAUCCUUCGGUAAAGAUGUAGCAGAAGCACCUUCUUCAGAGAUUGAGCAGAUAGAAUUUCGUGAUGCUGUUAAAGGUAAUAAUAUCGCCCAUUCAAAUACGUCAUGCCGGGAGAUCUGGACAGAGUAUCAAGAAUUAGGAUGGGGUGGAAUAAAGGCAGUCGCAGACUACAAAGUUUACACUGCUAGUUCUGUUAUAGACCUCCUUCACUUUGUUGCUCCAAGGAUGAUGCAGCGUGGAAAUGUCCACUUUUCAUAUGGAAUUGCUGAUAACUUGGAUGAUCCAAAAUACCAACAUUACAAAUAUUGGUCAAACCCCUUGGAAACAAAGCUACCGAAUGCUCCUGACAUGGAAAUAUUUUCGAUGUACGGAGUAGGCAUUCCUACCGAAAGGGCAUAUGUCUAUAAGGUGGCCCCGCAGGCAGAGUGUAAUAUACCUUUCCGGAUUGACACCUCGGCUGAAGGUGGGGAGGAAAAUAGCUGCUUGAAAGGGGGUGUUUACUUAGCUGACGGUGAUGAAACUGUUCCAGUUCUUAGUGCGGGCUACAUGUGUGCAAAAGGAUGGCGUGGCAAAACUCGUUUCAACCCUGCCAGCAGCAAGACUUACGUGAGAGAAUACAGCCAUUCACCACCCUCAACUCUCCUGGAAGGCAGGGGCACUCAGAGCGGUGCACAUGUUGAUAUAAUGGGUAACUUUGCUCUGAUUGAGGACAUCAUCAGAAUAGCUGCUGGGGCAACCGGUGAGGAAAUUGAGGCGACCAGGUUUAUUCAGAUAUAUUCAAAUGGUCAGAGAAAAUCAAAUUGA